CGGAAACUGACAGUCAGCUGAUUUGUUUUUAUUGACAGAGGCACCGUAGAUUGCCAGCGCAUUGACACGCUCCUGGGAGAAAAUAAACGUUGUUUUCACCUCCUUUUCCAUCUCCUCUUCCCUCCGCUCCCCCUUACUAUGGACGAGACUAGCCCACUCGUCUCUCCAGUCCGGGACUCCAACGAUUUCAGCUACUGCCCCACAGAGCCUUCUAGUCCUCGGGUCGGAUUUGGUAGUACCCCGGGCUCAGUGGUACGCAUCCCAGCUGGAAGCCCAGGAUGCAGUCGGGAGCGACAACCGCUGUUGGACCGGGGCGGCUCACCGCGAGAAGCGCAUAGGAACGAGUUCCUGGAGGAUCCCGAGUUUAGAGAAAUAAUCCGUAAAACCGAGCGAGCGAUAGAGGAGGGGAUCUAUCCCGAGAGGAUUUACCAGGGGUCUAGCGGAAGUUACUUUGUCAAAGAUUCACUAGGGAAGAUCAUCGGGGUGUUCAAGCCGAAGAACGAGGAGCCGUACGGCCAGCUGAACCCCAAGUGGACCAAGUGGCUCCAGAAGCUGUGCUGCCCCUGCUUCUUCGGACGGGACUGCCUGGUGCUGAACCAGGGCUACCUGUCUGAGGCCGGGGCCAGCCUGGUGGACCAGAGGCUGGAGCUCAACAUUGUCCCCAGGACCAGGGUGGUGCACCUGGCCAGCGAGACGUUUAACUACAGCGCCAUAGACAGAGUCAAGUCCCGGGGCAAGAAACUGGCCCUGGAGAAGGUGCCUAAAGUGGGACAACGCUUUCACAGGAUCGGCCUGCCUCCCAAGGUGGGCUCGUUCCAGCUCUUCGUUGAGGGCUACAAAGACGCAGAUUUCUGGCUGCGGCGGUUUGAGGCGGAGCCUCUUCCGGAGAACACCAAUCGGCAGCUGCAGCUGCAGUUCGAGCGCCUGGUCGUCCUCGACUACAUCAUCAGGAACACCGACCGGGGGAACGACAACUGGCUUCUGAAGUAUGACUGCCCCAUGGAGGGGAAUAGGGACACAGACUGGGUGGUGGUGAAGGACCCCAUCAUCAGGCUGGCAGCCAUAGACAACGGCCUGGCCUUCCCCCUCAAACACCCGGACUCCUGGAGGGCCUACCCGUUUUACUGGGCUUGGCUGGCCCAGGCCAAGGUGCCCUUCUCCCAGGAGAUCAAGGAGCUGGUGCUGCCAAAACUGUCCGACCCCAACUUCAUCAAAGACCUGGAGGAAGACCUCUAUGAGCUGUUUAAGAAAGACCCAGGCUUUGACAGAGGUCAGUUCCACAAACAGGUGGCGGUCAUGAGAGGACAGAUCCUUAACCUGAGCCAGGCCAUGAAGGAGGGCAAGUCCCCCCUGCAGCUGGUCCAGAUGCCCUCGGUCACCGUGGAGACAGCCCGGGCGCCCCAGAGAGCUAGCUCCGAGUCCUACACACAGAGCUUCCAGAGCAGGAAACCCUUCUUCACCUGGUGGUAGAGGGGGGGCACAGGGAGGAGGGAGGAGACUGCCAGAGGGAUGUGUAUGUGAGAGAGACAGAGAGAAAGAGACAGAGAGAGAGAGACAGAGAGAGAGAGGCAGAGAGAGAGAGAGGCAGAGAGAGAGAGUGAGAGAGAGACACAGAGAGAGACACAGAGAGAGACACAGAGAGAGAGACCAGGAAGUCCUCCCUCCACUCCCUUCAGACAGAGAGGAGGGUGGGAGGAGAGGAGGACAGAUCUCUCCUUCUGUUUGUGUCUGUGCCUUGUGAAGAGGAGGAGGAGGAUGAAGAUGUCAGACUUUCCGACAGGCUACGAAGUCUUCAACUAACUACUGGACAUUGGUGAACACACACACACACGCGGGUGAAAGCCUCUCACUCGUUCUUUGGACCGUGGAGGUGUGACAUUCCUCCUGGCUUCUCACGUAUGAACAAACUCAAUGGACUCUCUGGUCUCUCCUGCCCCCUGCUGUUCGGAGGUGAAACUGCAGGUAGCGAUGCCAGCAGACAGACACAGAUACUUCAAACAUCAGACAACAGGAAAUAUUCCAUAUUUGUACACAAGAACAGGAAAUGGAGAGGUGUGUGUGGGGGGGGUGCAGGUCCCUGUAUGAUAUGAGUGCAAACCUAACUGUAGGACAACUGAGCAUGUGCAGGAGAAUUGGAAUAGUCCAUAUGGAUGAUGGUGUGUGUGUGUGUGGGGGGGAGAGGCAAAGUGCUUCUACCCAUCUCCCCCCCCCCCCCCACCCUGAAUCUGUGUCUUGGUGUUGUCCAUUUUGAUCAUUUCUUUCCCCAAAUAUAUAUAUAUAUAUAUAAUUUUUUUUGUACAGGAUUUAAUCUUUUUUUUAACCCAAACAUCAACAUGUCCUGCUGUGUCUGCAAGGCUGCUCUGAAUCAUGUGGGGACGAGACACUGAAUCAUUUGUAUGUAUGUAUUUAAUGAAACAUUACAACAACAUAAUUAUUAAUACAAAACCCUUGUCAGG